AUGAACCACAUGGUCGAACGGGAUAGUCAGAAUGACAUUCCGGAAGAAAUGGACAUCUCGGAAGGUAUAGAAAUAAAACUGUUAAUUAUGUUUGUACUAAUAUUAUUGUUCUCGGGUUUGUACUAUGAAUUUUAUAUUAAUUCCAUCAUUUCAUAUCCAAUUUUUUUAGUAUUGCUUAUAUAAAACUAAUUUCGGUCCUAAUUACAUUUAUUUUUUUUGUAUUGUUAUCAUAUUUGGUAAGAACAUUUUAGAGAAGUAUAAUUAUUACAUCCUAGUACCAACUGUCAUAAUCUUAACACAUUUUGUAGGGUGAAAUAUACAGACCUCAAAAUUAGUUCUGGGCUCUUUAUUUUAAAUAAUAAUUAACACUAAAAAAUAACAUAAAUGAAGCUAUUAAGGUUUACAGGAGGAUUCCAUGAUCAUACUGGAUAUAUUGGUCAGUUUUUUAUAACAGAAGUAUUUUACUAUAAGUAGGUAGGCAUUUUAUUGUAUUUGAAAAUUGUAAAUGUUCAUUGUCAAGCUUUAUUAUAUUUUAUUCGCUAUUAUAGACUCAAUCAUAUGUUAAUUAAUAAUAAACUAUUUCUGUCUGUUAUCAUAAUGAUAACUGAAGAAAUAAAGAUUUUAUGCUCAAUAAGUGGAAGGGACAGUUAUAUUUGUGCUUAUUUUAUUUUAGAUUUUGUUGACUGCCAAAAUGUGUAAUAAGCAAGAACAUAAUAAAUUACAUUAUGAUUUGAAUUAUAAACUUAUGGGUAUAUUACCAACUAUUUAGAACAGAUAUAUAUAUUACAAUUCUGUAUAUAUUCUGCAAUUAUAUUUAUAAUUUUACCAUUUCUAUUUGGAUAUUUUUAAUAGUAUUAAAAUUAAUGUGUGUUUAUAUUAAAAAUAUAAACACACAGACGACACCAACAUGAACUUUUACUAAUUGUAAACCUACUUUAGAGUGGCUAAAUAAAUAUUCUAAUAGUGAAAGAAUUUUCAAUAAUAAUUGUUAUUAUAUUCAAAAAUCAUAUAAUUUUCAACAAAUUAUCUAUUAAUAUAAUAUUAUUUAAAUUAUAUCAUUAAUUUAUUAUUAAUUUUAUUAAAAAAAAAAAUCUUACUUUUUUUCCUGAAAUUUGUCUUAACAGGAUAUAAACCUAAUCAUUUAAUUGUUUUAUACUUCAUUUUCUUAUCUUAAUUUAUAAUUGCUAUAGUACCUACUUAAAUUUAAAAUAUUUAAAUUUUAGGUGAUAUAAUAUUUUACAGUUGUUAAAAAAAAAUGAUUCAUAUGUACCAAAGGUUUAAUAAUUUACCCAUUAUUUUUAGCACUUACCAAUGAAGUAUCACCGUUGAUAUUAGGCAAUGCUCAAAACAUGCCAAUUAGUGAUGUUGAAGGCAGUCCAACAAUGGAAAUUCCGUCAGUUACUACUGAUGUGGAGAUGGAAGAUGGUAAUUUUCUACUAGAUUUUUAUCCAUCAAACUUUUCUUAUAACGUAUAUAUUCAUUUUAAAAACUUUCAUCUUAUUGUAUCAGAUAUUUUUAGUUUUUUAACUAAUAUGAUAGGUACUAAUUUAUUUCAUUUUGUGAAUAGACAAUUUAUUUUUACAAUAAAAUAUAUAUAAUUUAAAAAAAGAAAAACAUUUUUGUUUAUAUAGUCAGUUUAUACAAAGUAUUUUUUAGAUUCUGAGUGGAAUGAGGAGUAUUGGUUUUGCCAUGGUGUUUAUUUUUUUAUUUUUUUUUUUUAUGGAAAAUUGGUUUUCUCAGGAGUUUUCCCAAUAAAUUAGAAAAAAAAAAAAAACAAAAAAUUGGUAUAAUAUUAAACAAAUAUUAUUAAAGAAAAUAUAUAAUGCAUAUUUUGACAUAGCAACUCUAUCAUUCAAACUCUGCUCAGAAUCGUUUUUCGUUAGCAAUGGUUAAUUUUUGUCUACAGAUAUACAUUAAAUUACCUAUAACAAUGGCUGUACCCAUCCCCAUUAUCCUAUGACAGGUUUUUAGUUAUUAAUAUAAUAGGUAAACAAUUGCAUGUUUUAAUUGUAUUAAAUAUUAUUUAUUUUAAUUUUAAAUUGAAACUUUGUACCUAAACUAUCAGUUGAUAAACUUGUGUUACUUAUCUUUUUGUUGUAAUUAUACAUUUUUUAGAUAAUGCACGAUCAGAAGCAACUUUCCGAUUUGUUAUUGAAAAUUUUAGUAAAUCAAAAGAACAAAGAUUGUCGCAGCCCUGUUAUGUUCGUGAUCUACCAUGGAAAAUAAUGAUAAUGCAUAGAGUAAGCCAAGAUAAUCGAUCGGCAAAACCUGCUCAGCCUUCUGUUGGUUUUUUCCUCCAAGUAUGUAUUUUAAAAGGAAAAAAAAUUGUAACAUUUAAUGUAGCUACCUAUAUUUUAAUUAUAGGUAGCUACAUUAAAUAAUUAUUACAAAAAACUCUAAAUAAUCAUUAUCUUUUAGUGUAAUGGUGAUUCAGAAAAUACUUCUUGGAGUGUUAAUGCAACAGCUGAACUUCGAGUCAUAUCACAAAAAGAAGGUUGUCCUACUAUUGAUCGUAAAAUUCAACAUUUAUUUUAUCCAAAAGAGAAUGACUGGGGAUUUAGUUUUUUCAUGUCAUGGGAUGAUGUUGUUGAUGAAGCCAAAGGAUUUAUAAAAAAUGACACCGUUAUAUUUGAAGUAAGUUAAAAAAUUAAUUAAAUUCAUAAUUAUUUAUCUAUCAUUCAGUAUUGAUGCUUUGUGUUUUGUUGUAUUAUUUCAGUUAUAACAUAAGUAUAUAUAAUAUUAACAAUAAAUUAUUAUUUUGUAUCAUAACAAAUCUAAUUCAUUUUCAACAUUAUAGUAUUAUUUGAAUUAGUAUUACUUCUAUUGUAUAAAGAAAAAGAGGACUUAUUAGGAAAACAAUGAAAUUCAAAUUCUUGGUUUCUGAGAAUAAAACGAAAUUUAAAUAUUAUUAACACACAAGAAAGAAUUUUUAUAUUAUUUGUCAUCAAAUAAUAAUUAAACUUUUUUGCAAUAUAAUUGUAUACUUAUAAUAAGAAUAAAAUUCUAGGUGACAGUAACAGCAGAUGCACCACACGGUGUAAGUUGGGAUUCGAAAAAACAUACCGGUUACGUAGGCUUAAAAAACCAAGGUGCAACAUGUUAUAUGAACUCUCUUUUGCAAGCAUUAUAUUUCACAAAUCAACUACGUAAAGUAAUUAUAUAUUAUUUAUGUAAUACAAUUUAUAUUGAUUUGACUAUUUGAUUUUUAUUUAACAAAUUACUUUUUUUAGGCUGUAUAUAAAAUGCCGACUGAAAGUGAUGAUAGUAAUAAAAGUGUAGCAUUAGCACUGCAACGUGUGUUUCAUGAGCUUCAAUUUUAUGACAAACCAGUUGGUACAAAAAAAUUGACCAAAAGUUUUGGAUGGGAAACACUUGAUUCAUUUAUGCAACAUGAUGUUCAAGAAUUUUUAAGAGUUGUAUGUAUAAUACUUACUUUAGAAAAAUAUUUAUUAUUUAUUUUUUAUUUUUUAGUUGCUUGAUAAAUUGGAAAACAAAAUGAAGGGUACAUGUGUUGAAGGAACAAUUCCAAAGUUAUUCGAGGGUAAAAUGAUUGUAAGUUAAUAAAUUAAAAUUAAAUAAAUAUUAAUCUUAUAAAUAAUAUAAAUUAACGCUAAAUUAUAAAUGUUAUUUAUCAGUCAUACAUAAAUUGUAAAAAUGUUGAUUAUACUUCUACACGGACUGAAACAUUUUACGAUAUUCAACUAAAUAUUAAAGGAAAGAAAAAUAGUAUGUUAUCUUUAAAGUUUUUUCUAUAGUGUAUUAGUUAUGAGAAGUUAAACCUUUUUCAAUUUAGUACAUAUCAGAUGUUUAAGUUAUUAAAAAAAAAAAACUAAUUUCAAUCUUUUGCAAAUUACACUUCUUUGGAAAAUACAAUAAAUUAAUUUUGACUAUAAUUGUCUGAUUAUUUUAUUGAUUUAUAACUACGAAUCAAGGUUUAACUCGUCAUAUAUGUAUUUGUAUAAAUAAUAAUGUAGUGUUUACUAUAAAAAUAUUUGUAUACAUUUUUUAUAGUUUAUGAGUCGUUCAAAGAUUAUAUUCAAGUUGAAAUUCUUGAUGGUGACAAUAGAUAUGAUGCUGGAGAGUAUGGUUUACAAGAUGCAGAAAAAGGAGUAAUAUUUGCAUCAUUUCCGCCUGUAUUUUAUUUACAUCUCAUGCGUUUUCAAUAUGAUCCAGUUACAGACAGUUCUGUUAAAUUUAAUGAUAGGUAAUUAUAAAAAAUAUAUAUAUAUAUAUAUAUAUAUUAGUUUAUUAUAUUGAUUUAAACCCUUACUGUGCUAGAUUUGAAUUUUAUGAUAAAAUUAAUUUGGAUCAAUAUUUAAAAUCAAAAGAAGAUACUCCUGCAGAUUAUAUAUUGCAUGCUGUUCUUGUUCAUAGUGGUGAUAACCAUGGUGGACAUUAUGUUGUUUUUAUCAAUCCCAAAGGAGAUGGCAAAGUAUGUUUACAUAAACAAGUUAUUUAAUAUAAAUUAAAUGAUACAACUUUUGUAUUUUAUUGAAGUGGUGUAAAUUUGAUGAUGAUGUUGUAUCAAGAUGUCCUAAAGAAGAAGCUAUUGAGCAUAAUUUUGGUGGCAAUGAUGGAGAUGAGAAUAUGAUGCCAAUCAAGCAAUGUACAAAUGCAUACAUGCUGGUUUACAUACGAGAUUCUGAAUUGAAAAAUGUUCUGCAAGAAGUUACAAUUAAUGAUAUACCAAAAGAAGUUAGUAUAGUAGCCGCUAAUAAAAACUAAUUAUUUGGUACAUGUUAGUUUAUGGAUCUAAUGUAAUAUACUAUAUUUAGGGUAUUAUGUUGAUGAUUUUGUAUGUGUUUAGUUGGUAGAAAGGUUGCAAGAUGAAAAGCGUAUUGAAACUAUACGUCGUAAAGAACGCAAUGAUUUGCAUAUUUAUACCAAUAUACAAGUAUUCUUAGAAGAUAGUUUUGAUAGUUUUUUGGGAAUAGACUUGUUUGAUUUAGAGCAACCCUCCUUCAGGACAGUUAAAGUUAAGAAGACAAAUAUUUUAGAAGAAAUUCAUAAACUAUUAGCAGAAACAUUUGUAAGUAAAUUAAACAUUUUUAAUUAUACUCAAAAAUAAAAAAAAUUUUUUUUUUUAUAUAUACAUAUAGAAUUAUCAGCCAAGUCAAAUAAGAAUUUGGCCUCUUAUUACUAGUAAAUAUGAUUCUUUGAGACCUACGUAUCUUGAUAUAGAUGUAAAUGCUUCAAAAACAAUUCAAGAUUUACAAGACAGUUCUGCAACCACUUGGAAUAUUUGGUUGGAAUUAGUUGAUCCUGGUGUGAAAGAAUUAAUACCUUUUGAUAGAAAUAAUCAGUCUCUAAUAUUUUUGAAAUUAUUUAUUCCUGAAGAGAGGCUUUUAGUUUAUUGUGGUUAUGUGUUUGUACCUUAUGAAACAACAAUAGGUUAGUUGGUAUUUUAUAAAAUUAAAUUAGUUUCAUUCAGAAUGAAUAAUUGUAAAUUUAUUUAUUCACAAGAUUCCCUUAUACCAUUGAUGAACAAGCGUGCUGGUUUCAACGAGGAUACAAGACUCAUUGUUUUUAAAGAAUCUAAUAAAAAUGAAGUAGAAAAAGUUGCAAGCCAUGAUGAUCCAAUUUGUGAAGUAUAUAUUAUAAUUAAAAAUCAAUAGUCAUUAAUUUAAAAUUAACUUAUUGAUUAUAUAUAAAGAUUAUACAGACUUCAACAUAUGGUGAAAUACUAAUUUUUCAAAAAGAAGAGCUUUUAAGAAAUUAUAUUUCUGUCGCUGAACAUUUUAAGUUAGUCUUCAGUUAAAAACCAUGUUAAGUUAUAGUUUAUAAAGUUGUAUUAUUUUUUUAGAAAUAUUAGCUCCCAAGUUUAUAUAACAUUCUGUGAUAAACUUGUUCCUAAUGACCCUGGAUUUACUCUUGGAUUACCUAUGUGGAUGUUGUAUCACGAUAUGCUACAAGCAGUUGCUGAAAGAGUAUCUGUUGAUCAACGCAAAUUACAGAUUUAUUUUACUGUUAAGUAUGUACACAACACAAAAAUAUUUUUUUACAGCUUACUUCAUUUUUAUUCCUUAUUUUAGUAGUGGCCAAAAAGAAUGUCCUGGUGAACCAAUUAAAUACUCCUACAAUGGACCAAUUCGAGAUCUCAUAACAAAUAAUAGUUAUGGUAAACGUUAUCCUAGGAAAUUUUAUUAUCAAGAAAUGCACAUGCCAGUUGACGAGUUAGAAAGCAAGAAACCUGUUAAAGUAAAUAAAAAGUUUAUUUUGAAUUGCUUAUUAUCUAAGGUUUAUACAUUGUAAUUAUGUAGAUAAUAUGGUGUGGUCCUAAACUAAAAGACGAAAGAGAAAUAAUUUUAUACCUCAAUAAAAAUGAUUCAACAUGCACUCAUUUUUAUGAAGUACUAAGUGGCAGUGUAGAGUUAUCACCUGAAGGCUCUGGACAGUUUAGGUAAGAAAAUGACAGUAUAAUAUAAUUGUUAUUAUAUUAUUGAAUUUGAAAAACUAAUUAUUCAAAAUAUAUUACAGAACAUUAGAAAUAAUGUCUGCUAAAAUAAGUAAAUGGUUCAAUCCUGGAGUGAGAAUGCCUGAUAUAUCUACAGUUUACCCAGCAAAAUACUAUAGGUUAGUUACAAAAUAAAAAAAAAAAAAAAUCCAAUUUGAUAUUUUGAGUUCAAAAAUUUGUAUUUUUAUUAAUAUAGAGUGGAAGAAAUACCCAAUGAUGAAAUGGAACUCAAAGAAAAUGAAUUAUUAGUUCCUGUUAAUCAUUUUUCAAAAGAAGUAUAUUCAACUUUUGGUACUCCUUUUCUUAUUAAAAUUAUACAUGUAAGUCCAGAGUAAAAAUGUAUAGUAACAAUAUACCUACUACCUAUUAAAUUUAUCGGUUUUUGUUCUUUUUUUUUUUUUUUUUUCAUAGGAUGAACCUUUAGCAAAUCUUAAAGAACGAAUUGUUAACAAGACUGGUAUUCAAGACAAAGAGCUGGAAAAAGUAAGUUAAUUUUAUAAGACUUUCAAAAAUAUAUAUAUAUUUAAUCAAUUUAUAUGUACAUUUUACAAUUUCAGUAUAAAUUUGCAAUUUGUCAAGGAGUCAGAUCAACUUUCAUUCCUGAUAAUCACAUUAUGAACUUACAAGAUUUUAAAACACCUCCUACUUGUAAGUUAAAAUAACUUUUCAAAACUAAUUUAUUUAGUAUUAUUAUAUUGAACUAUAACUGAGCAUUAUUAAUUACUACCCUAAAACUUUUUUUUUUAACAACUUUUUUGUUGGACAUUUUGCUCUGAUCUACAACUUAAUCUGUAGUUUCAGCUAGUCAAUAUUGUAUAGUUUAUACAUUGGGGAGGUUUUUAAUUUUUAUUGUAGUUUUCCUAAUAAUUGAAAAAAAGUAAUACAAUUUGUGCCAUAGCAGUUUCUGUUAUUUUAAAUUGUGUUUUUUUAAUUGUAAUUUUAUUAGAAAUCAUUUACACUAAACUUUAUACUGACUUAGUAAAAUCUUAAAACACAUUUAUGUGAUUUUUGACCUAUUUAAUAUUCAUUACACAUUUUUGAAUAUUAUGUAGAUGAACCUUUUAUAUUAUUUUAGCCCAGGAAUAAUUUUAAAAAAAAUUGAGCACAAUAUUUAUCAUACUUAGGGAUAAAAAAUACAUAUAAUAUGGGUAAUGUUAUUAUUUUUUAAGCGAUUAAUUUUAAUAUUUUCUACAAUUUGUGAAAAUCAUGAUAUUUCAAAACAUUUUAAUCAAACUUUGCUCAGAAUCUUUUUUUUCCUAGUGAUAAUUUAUUGUUUCCUAUAGAUAAGAAAUUAAAUAAUUUUAUGUGUUCUUCGUUCUAAUCUAUAACAGUGGCACAUCCUGACAAUCUAUUAGCAUCAUUAAUUUUUAUUUUAUCUAGUUUAUUAUUUUAAUAGUUUAUAAUGUCUUUAAGAAACAAUCUGAAAUUAGUUUAUUAUCAUUAUUAAAUUAAUUUAAAAAAUCAAAAUCUAAUGCUACAUUUAAAUAAUAGUAUUGGUCCCUGCAUUAGAGUGGUAAGCUGAUCCAUAAGUUACAUUUAGUUUUACAGGAUACAAAUCAAUAAUGUAUUUUGUUAAUAGAUAUUAUAAUUAUAAUUUUCAGCUCAAGGGCAAGGCCAACGACCCUGGUUAGGAUUGGAACAUCCAAACAAGACCAAACGCACACGAUUAAAUUAUUUAGAAAAGGCUAUUAAAAUCUAUAACUGA